AUGAUAAAGCAAGUUAAAAGGUCUUAUAAAAAGCUAAAAUCUCCAGUUAAGACAAGAAGGCCUUUGAGAGAGAGAAAUGGUCAAGAAGCUAACGCAGUGGGCAGUGGAAAAAGAAAGAUGCUGGUGUUUGAUGAGGAAAUGGAGGACGUGCACCAGAAUGAACCAGUAGGUAAAAAAGCAAAGUCUCUUGAGCUGUUUGGCUACACAGGAUUGUCUGAGGUGGAGAUGGGUGCAGUGGUAGAAGCUAUGCACAAGGCAGGAGGAAUGGCAGUUUUUUGGAAGGAGGAAACACAAGUUCUGGAAGUUAAUCUAACAGCCUUCACUAUUGAAGUCAGGUUAGAGGAUGACGAUAAGCAUUGUGACUGGUGGUUUAUAGGAGUUUAUGCGAGUUGUGAUGGCCAGAUAAGGAAGGAACAAUGGAGAGUUUUGAGAGAUAGAAGCAGGUUGUGGGGAGAUAGAUACAUGAUCGUAGUGGAGCAAGCUUGGCAGAAGGAUGAACCUGGUUCACGUAUGUUUAAGAUUACAAGGAAGAUCAGGAACUGUAGAAUUGAGUUACUAAAAUGGAGGAACACGUUCCAAGCAAACUCUAAAAGGAAAAUUGUGGAGGUAAGGAAAAGACUGGAGGCCGUAAGUAGCUCUGAGGCUGCUAGUAAGAAGGAGAUGAUGACUGAGCUAAAGAACCAGCUUAAGGAAGCAUAUCAGGAAGAGGAGAAAUUCUGGAACCAAAAGGCAAGGCUUGACUGGCUCAGGGAAGGAGAUAAAAACACUAAGUAUUUCCAUGCCUUUGUGAAGGGGAGAAGGAUUAAGAAUAGAAUCAGGAAACUGCAGAGGGAGAAUGGCUCUUGGGCUGAAAGUGAAGAAGAAAUAGUAUCAGAAAUCUCUGGUUUCUUUCGAGAAUUGUUUACAAGUGGAGGAAGGAAUGAUAUGUCAGAGAUCCUUGAGGGUAUUCCCCAUUCUAUUACUCAGGAAAUGAAUACAAAUUUGACUAAACCAGUAGAGGAAGAAGAAAUACAGUCAGCUAUUUUUUCCAUGCAGUCUGAUAAAGCUCCAGGUCAGGAUGGCAUGUCCCCCUUAUUCUUUCAAAGGUUCUGGAGCAUUAUCAAAGGGGAUCUAAUUCCAGCCAUCCAAGCUUUUUUCAGCUCAGGUUUCAUGCUAAAAUCUAUAAAUCACAUUGUUAUUUCCCUCAUCCCCAAAACUUUGCACCCAACUUGUUUGAAAAACUUCAGACCCAUCAGUCUGUGUAAUGUGAUUUACAAAACAAUCUCCAAAAUCUUGGCCAAUAGAAUGAAACUGGUUCUAGGAAAAUGCAUUAGUAACACCCAAUCAGCUUUUAUCCCAGAUAGGCAAAUUUUAGAUAAUGUAAUCCUAGUACAUGAGUACAUGCAUUACCUCAAAAAUAAAAGGCAAGGGAAAGAAGGUUUCAUGGCAAUCAAGCUUGACAUGGCCAAAGCAUACGAUAGAGUGGAGUGGCAUUUUUUGCAAGCUAUGAUGCAGAAGAUGGGCUUUUGUGCAAGAUGGAUCAACUGGAUUACUAGCUGCUUGAGUUCAGUAUCUUAUUCCUUCAAUUGCAAUGGGGAAUCUAAAGGUUUUGUUACUCCAGAAAGGGGAAUAAGGCAGGGAGACCCUCUGUCUCCAUACUUAUUCCUAAUAUGCUCAGAAGGAUUCUCCAACCUUUUGAAGAAAGCUGAGGAGAGGAAGGACAUAAAUGGUCUGAGGAUCAGCAGGCAAGGUCCUCUCAUCACACACCUUUUCUUUGCUGACGACUCACUCAUUUUUUGCAAAGCCAACAACAGGCAAGCCACUGAAGUCAUGAAGAUUCUCAGAACCUACGAAAAGGCUUCAGGACAGUUGAUCAACUUGGACAAAUCAGCUAUCUUUUUCAGCAAGAAUGUAUCGAGGGAGCUCAGAAGAGAAGUGUGCAGUUCCUUAGGAGGAAUGGCUGAGAUGAAACAAGGCAAAUAUUUGGGGCUGCCUAUGGUGAUUGCCAGAACUAAGGACCAGAUCUUUGGGUUCAUCAAGGAAAAUAUAAGAAGAAAGCUGCAGGACUGGAGGAAUAAGUUUCUGAGUAAUGCAGGUAAGGAAGUACUCCUCAAGGCAGUGUCAAUGGCAAUGCCUACUUAUGCCAUGUCCGUUUUCAAACUACCUAGGAAGAUGUGUAAAGACAUCAGGUCGAUGAUGGCCAACUACUGGUGGGGAGAAACAAAUGGCAAGAACAAAAUGCAUUGGGUUUCCUGGAGGAAAAUGUCAAUGAAGAGGAAUGAAGGAGGCCUGGGAUUCAAGGACAUUGAAGCUUAUAAUAAAGCCUUGCUUGGGAAGCAGAUUUGGAGAAUAAUCACGAAACCGAACCUCCUGGUUAGCAAAGUGCUGAAAGCUAGAUACUUCCCCAAAGACUCCAUUUUAUCAUGCAAAACACAUAGGAAUGCGUUAUGGUUUUGGCAAGGAUUACUAGGAGCCAGAUGCUUAAUUGACAAAGGGAUGAUUAGAAGGAUUGGCAAUGGGAGGAGUACAAGCAUCUGGGAUCAUCGAUGGAUUCCUGGAUCUAGUUCUGGGAAGCCAACUACCCCAAGACCUCUAAAUUCUGACUGUAAGAUGGUGCAUGAGCUAAUCAACCAACAGAGAUGGAACAGAAACACCAUCUUCAAGUAUUUCAAUCAUAAGGAUGCUGAGAAGAUCUUAAACAUCCCGUUAAGUCUGACUGGGAGAGAGGACAGUUACUAUUGGCAGCAUAAUGCAGGGGGGAAUUAUACGGUCAGCUCAGGCUAUCAAUUCCUUAUGAAAGAGAGAAGUGAAGCUGAAAAGGAGCAAGUAGAGGCCGUUGGUUCAAGCAUCAGAGAAGGAAGUCAGCAAGCCAAACAAAUGUGGAAAACAUUAUGGAAGCUCAACAUCAAACAUAAGAUCAAAAUCUUCAUUUGGAAAUGCAUAACAGGUGCACUACCAGUGAGAGCUGAAAUCUAUAGGAAGACAAGGUUGGGAGAUCCAGUGCGUCGAAUGUGUAGGGAAGAGCAGGAAUCAGUGGAACACUUAUUCUUCAGCUGCCCUCACACACAGGAGGUCUGGAAGGCUGCUCCAAUAAAGUGGGAUGGUGUGGUGGACCAGCAAGGGAGUUUCAAACGAUGGUGGAUCACAGUUUCAGAAGCUAGGAGAAGGCCAAGAGGGAAGGAGCAUAUUGGACUGACAGCGAACAUUUUAUGGCAGGUGUGGAAAGAAAGGAACAAGAAGGAGUUUGAAAACAAAGGCAGCUGUUUACCAGCUAGGACUAUAAGUAAAGCUCAUAAGGAGUGGUUGGAACAGGAGGAAAGCUUAAGUAGGAUAACUAGGCCAAGCACAGGAGAAACAACUCCCAACAAUGAAGAACCUAUUCAGGGGCUAGAAGAAGCAGAAACAAUUGUUAUGGAGGUGGCAACAGAGAGUCAGUUCGGGAAGGUCUCUUUGGGGAUUGGUGUCAGAGUGCGGAGGCAUCCAAACACUCUAAUGGCAGAAUGGGCACUUAGGGAGAGAACUCUAGAGCAGAGAUGGAGCAGGAUUGCGAUCCACUUUCAAAACCAAGAACUGAUGAGACAGAUUAGCAAUAGGAGCCCCUCCAACAGCAGUUUAGCUACAUUGAUAGAGGACAUUCUUAACAUGCAGGGAAUGUUUCGCAUGUGCUUGUUUAGCUCUGUUAGGGACGAAAGAAUAGAAAGAAGUAAAAGUUUAAGUCAUCAUGCCUUUGGCAUUAUUGUGGAUGAGGAAUGGAUUGUUCCUCAGUGCUAUUGA